AUGCCUGGUUGUGCUGCAGUAGGCUGCCAUAACAGGCCUGAGAAAGGAUUUAUUAUGAAAUGCUUCCCAAAAAAUGAAAAACAACGGGCGAUUUGGACUUCUAAAGUUAAACGACUUAACUGGGUACCUACAAACACAAGCUUUUUAUGUGAAGUACACUUUGAUGCUGAUCAAUGGGAAAAAACCAGAAAUGAUGGAUCAAGAAAACUCAAACAUAAUGCAAUUCCUACUGUCUUUAAACAUGUUAGAGCAAAACAUAAGCGAAAAAAUCCACUCGAGCGUUUUCCAAUACCAAAAAAAAAAGAAAAUAAGUUGUAUAGAAAGAGGAGAAGUUGUGGACUGAAUUUACUUAUACAAGAUUUAAAUGCGAAAUUGGAGAGAUUAGAACAAAAAAGUCAUUAA